AUGGCUGCGGCGGACCCGCCGGCUGGUCUCUUGGACAUCGCCAGGUUCGUGCCACACUCCCCCGCGCAUCUACAUACACAUGCGCAUUCGCAUGCGCAUCCAUAUCUGCAACAAGAAUAUCCGGCUCUAACUGAUCUCUACAGCACCCUCUCCCAGGAUGAGAUCCCUUUUAAGCUGCGAUGCGCCAUCUGCAACAAGCUGGCGGUGAACGCGUUUCGCCUACCUUGUUGUGACCAGUCUAUAUGCGAGGCCUGCCAAACAUCACUCUCAGACACUUGCCCCGUAUGCGCCCAUGACCCCGUCUCUCCCGACCUCUGCAAGCCCAACAAAGCUCUGCGCACCACCUUGAAAGUGUUUUUGCGAACCGAAGAGAAAAAGCGCGAGAAGGAACGCCAGUCCGCCGCCGCUACCCCAACCCCAGCGGUAGAGACCCCGGCACCAAGCGAGCAGCCUCCCAUCGAAGUCCCCGUCGAGAAUAAUGGGACUGCAGAUAUUGUGGCCCAGGUGCCAAAUGCAUCUCAACUCGACGGCGAGGUCGAGGCAGAAGCUGCUGCAUCGGACCGCCCUCCGAUCGAACAUGCUCUCGCGGAAAGCAGAGAAUCAAACCCGGUGGAAAACAAUGUCACCGAGACUGCCCCACUGGCCUCUGAGUCCGAGGCCAUUGACCAACCCACCGAAAUUACUCCGGUCGCCGACGAAGCCAAAAAGCUCGAAAACGGGGAAGAUACGGCCGAGUCCGAAUCUGUCCAACCCUCAGAGGGCCUAUCUCAGCAACCAAACGGCAGCAUGAUGAAUAUGGGCCAAGGUGGCUUCCAAGGCAUGGGUUGGAACGGGAUGAACCCCUUCAUGUCUAACAUGUCGAACAUGUUCAACUUUCAAAACCCAAUGGGCAUGCACAUGUCAAUGGACCCAAUGACCGCAAAUCAGGGGAUGUUCGGAGACUACGGAAUGAACAUGGCUGGAAUGGGCAUGGGCAUGGGGAUGGGAAUGAAUUACAAUGGGCAGGGCAUGUAUGGAUCGUCAGGAUGGGAUGGCUCAUGGCAGAAUGGUCAAGAUAAUUACAAUCCAAAUGCUUUUGCAAAUGGCGGUGGCCCUCAUGGAGCAUUUGGCGGGUCUAAUAUGUCUUACCCUUCUAACCCGGACUACCAGUCUGGCUACUCCAACCAAGGAUACGGUCGUGGAGGAUACCGAGGUGGGCGCGGUGGCUUCCAGGGACCUGCCCGCGGCGGAGGCUUUGCUUCUGGCCAUGCAAUUCACAACACAAAUGCGGAAUCAGAAAUUGCGGUGACAUCUAAUGGAGCUGAUAACGCUGAUAACGCAGUUCUCAAUGGAGACGGUCCUCAUACCAACGGGAAUAGCGGUCCUGAUCCAGUAUCCCAAGAAAUCGCACAUGAAGGCAAGCCAGAGCCUGUGUCGGAUGAACAAGGAGCAGUAGGCCAACAACUACAAGGUAUCCCCACCAUUGAAUCUCUGGAUCAAUCUAUGCCAAAUAGCAAUUCCGGCUGGCAAGCCCCUGGGUAUGGCCGUGGUGGGUUCCAAGGCCCUGCUGGUCGCGGCCGCGGUUACUGGGGUGGCCAAAUGCCCAUGAACGGCGGUUAUCAACCUCCCAUGCCACCCAAACCAGCCCCAGUCGUUGAAGGGGCACCGGCUGCCCCAAGAGGGAUGCGUCAAGGCCUGCCUAAUACUAGCAUGCUUCGACAGCGGGCUUUUCAUCAGGGCCGAGGGUCGGGGGGUAACAAGAUGCCACAGCCUGGUUCAAAGUCUCGAUCCCCAUCUCAAGCCCGAUCUUCCCGUGCUCGCUCACCCGCAGCUAACCCGGUCAACGACGACGAAAUGAAUUCCCGAGAGCCUGAUUCAAAGCGCAAUGACGAUAUACAAAACGGCCAUGCUAACGGACAUCGUUCCUCGGGUGGGCCAGACCGCGAUAUUGGAAGAGGUCGCCGAGAUGAAUAUCGUCCACGACGAUCCCACGGCCAUCGCAGUCGCGCCAAUAGCCGCGGUCGUAGUCGCAGCCACGGUCCAGGGAACAAUGGCGACUCUCGCCAUUCCAGCCGCCUCCCACCCGCCAUCGACGACAAGCGGCUUAACAAGCUCAAGGAAACAUCGGAGACACGCGAUUCCCGUGACCUAGCCAGUCGAGUGAGCAGCCACCGUUCAAGCAAGGAGCGAUCUUCUCGUCGUGAUGAGGACCGCGAGAGAGAGAGAGACAAAGAUAGCGACAAAGCCCGUCCUAGUCGUCGCCGUGACCGCGACCGCGACCGUGGUGACCGCCGAGACCGAGACCGAGAUUCUGAUAGAGACCGCCGACGAGACCGGGACCGGGAGUCUGAGAGAGAUCGGCUCCACCAACGAGAUCGCGAUCGCAACGGACGAGAUCGCGAACGAGACCGCAAAAGAUCCCGCCGAGAUCGAUCCGAGUCCGCCAACGCAAGCGACCACUCCUCACGCCCGCAACCCCGACGACCCAAGCGUGAACCAAACAACGACCGCCCCCGAGCCCGUCCCUCCAAAGAAAGCUCCAAGGAAAAACCCAAGGAAGCCGAGAAAGAUCCCUACACACUCGCUCGUGAAGCUGCCAAUCGCGAACGCGUUUUGAGGGAACAACAGAAUCGAGGCGCUAAGUCUGCGCCGAAGAGUGGUCGUCGGGAUAGUCGACAGGAACGUGUUGUUGGUGGUCGUCGUCUGAACUACAAAUAUGAAGAUGAGCUUUGA